UAAAAAAAUUUUAAAAAAUCAGUCUCAUUACUUUAUUUACAAACCUCGUAAAUGUUGACAUUCAUUCAGAUAAAAAUGGUAGAAAAUAGUAAUACAAUGGUUAAUAUAAUUCAUCAACUCGAACAAGACAUUUCAAUUAAUACUACUGAUCCCAAGGCAAACGCAGCUACUCUUACAGUCAAACUUAGACUUUAGUAAUUGAGACUCUGGUCAUGUACUUCAUAUAUUAAAGGUACCUUUCCAUUGAUAACAAUGCCUAAGAAGAAUAAGAAGAAUCAUUUACUUGUAUCCAUGAGACCUCAACGAAACACAAAGGCCAAAGUAGUAUUCGAUCCAUCGGAUACACAUAUACCAAAGAACUCAAAGAAGAAAAAUAAAACUAAUCUUAUAAAUCGAAAAUCCAUAGUAGCUACUACUGUAAAAAAAAAUAAAAAUGAUAGAAAAAUACAAGAUACUUCUAAGUUAAAUAUGCAAACAAUGACUGAGGUAAUUGAUUUAGUUGACGAUUCGUCAAAUGAAUCUUCAAUGCAUUCACCAACACAGUCUGCAGUAAAAAAUGCUGCUCCUGAAGUAUCAAAAAAAUGUUAUAUUUGCAAAAUAAUACUAGAUAAAAAGGAAUUAGUCGAUUGUCCAAUUUGUUUUAUCAAAGUUCACAAAGAAUGUUUAAUAGUGAAUGAGCCUUUGUGGAAGUUCAAGUUGGAUUUAUGUUAUUGGUUUUGUGACAAAUGCAGGAAGACAACCUGUAGUAAAUGUCUCAAAGAUUGCCCAACAAAUAUGUAUAGUUGCAUUGCUUGUAAUGUUGGUUUACAUAAAGCUUGCUAUGAUUCAUAUGAUAUUAAACCUCUACAAAAAAUAGAAAAUGAAAAAGAUAUAUUUGUGUGUAUUGCUUGCAUAACUAUGGCUACACAAAUAAAUGUAGAAGAAGAAGAAGUACUUAGAGAAAAAGCUAUGGCAUGCAUCACCAAAUAUGCAACUGGAGAAGAUAACGGAUCUAAGUCUCAUAGUGAUAGUGAUGAAUCUGAUAAUUCAUCAAGCAGUGAAGAAGAACUUGAAGAACUUAGUGAUGACACUGAUGAUGACGUUUAUAAUGAAACUGAUGCAAAUACCAUCCCAAAUAUAUUAUACUGGACUAGUGAACAAGUGAUUGAAUAUUUAGGAAAACAUUUACCACAAGAAAUUAUUGAUCAAAUAUCUAAAUAUAAUCUUAAUGGUCGUUCUGUACAGUCACUUGGACGGUCUGAUAUUACAUCAAACAUGGGUUUGAAACUUGGACAUGCAUUGAAAUUGUAUAAGGAAGUGAGAAUUUUACAAACGCAAAGUAAUUACAAUAGUUUAUGUUGGGAAUAAUUAUUAU